GUAGAAAAAUGGGUUGUGUAUCCUCUAAAAAUUUUGAAGAAGAUGUCGUCAAAGACGAGACAGAAGACAUUCGUAUUCGUCUCUUGGUGGUUUUAGAAGAGUUUGGUCCUUGUGAGGUCCUCAACCUUGCCAUUGAAGAUCCGCAGGUCUACCAAGUUUGCAUAAAAGACGAUACACUAAGACAAGCUUGCAUCACUGCUGCCGUCAAAAGAUACCAUCAGGAGAAGUUUGAUGACGAAGACGUUCACAACAGAACCGUCAAUUACGUGCUGUUGUUGGACACAUUUAUCCAAGUUGAAGACACCAAUGAAGGGCCGAAGAUAGAAGAAGUGGUGGAGGAGGCUCAAUGUGAGCACCUACCCAUUGUCCAACGUCGGGACAAUAACCGUUCUGAUAAAAAUGGGGAAUGAAGAGUUCGUCUUACAACUUCAAAUUUUAAACCUAUUUUAUAUAUGAUCAUAUUUACAAUUUUUAAAUUUUAAACAUAAAUAUAUG